GUGCCCGCCGCAACAUCAAGGCUGCCUUGAGGAAGCUGCGGAAGGAUGGUGUUGACCCGACGAAGCAGGAGUGCUGUGUCGACAUUGCUGCUGGCGUUAAGUUCCAGAAGGACAUGGUGGCGCUUCAGGGCUUUCACCUCUCCGAAUCGACGGGCGCCACAGGAACGGUGUCUGAGGCUCAGCUGGGUGGGAUGCUCGGCAACAGCAUGUCAGUCCCCGUUCUGUGCCAAGCCGUGAAGAGCGCCCUGCUGGCCAGCG